UUUCCUCUCAAAUCUCUUUCCCUCGGCCAUGUGCUCUGAUGAAAUCCGCUCUCCGUCGCUUUUCUGCGUUUAAUUUCCAGCCGCUGCCUUGUUUAAUCGGUUCCUCUCCGUCGAGUUUCGCAGGAGUCGGCGGAGCCCGUUAGGGUUCAUGGAAGCUGCAAUUCCAGUGCUCAAUAUUUGAGGGUUUGAAUAUAUUCAGCUCCGGUGUUAGUGUUAGAGUGAGCGUUUGGUGGUUCUGGUUUGCGGAACUUUGAGAUAUAGGCGUCGGAUAUGGGGAGUGUGGAUCGUGUCGAUGAUCGGACGUUCAAGGUUGAUUUCAGUGGUGAGGGAAUGGCGAAGCUGAGAGAGAGGAUAAAGCUGAAGAUGAAGGAAUUCAUGGGCGACUAUACCGAUGACACUCUCGUGGAAUACGUGAUUGUCUUAUUGAGGAACGGCAGAAGCAAAGACGAAGCAAAGAAUGAGCUAAAUGUAUUUUUGGCUGACGAUAGUCAUUCUUUUGUAUCUUGGUUGUGGGACCAUCUGGCCUCAAGUAUGGAUUUAUAUGUGGAGCCUACAAAAUCUUCUGUCAAUGAAGUGCCCAUACCAAAUUCCCCAGUAGCAGAACCAGAUAGAAGAAAUGACUCUCACCAUCUGGAGCCUGAUUCAGAAAGAGGGAAGUCUGAAAAAUUAUCUAGCAGGCGGCGUAAUAGGGAAUGGAAAGGGAUAGCUAAUGAUGAAACCCGGGUUCCUCCAAGAUCCGAAGUUAGUCGCGUCAAGCAUUCUUCUCCUGAACAAGUUCCUAGUCAUAGGAAAAGGAGUCGAGCUGAUGAUCAUCAAGGCACUGAGAGGGAGGCCGCCUUUCAGGUAAGCAUUGCUGCCCCUCGUCGGCUGCUCCAGUUUGCAAUGCGAGAUGCUGUGGCCACUACAAGGCCAUCUAAUGUAGCCAAGGAGCCCUUUUCGAAGCGUCUUCGGUCAGUAGUUUCUACAUCCAAUACUGACACAACUAAUCGUCCCAGGCGGCUUCAGUCUGUCGCGAAAGUGCCAAAUCCUAUGGCAACUGUUAUUAAGGCUGUGACAGAGGCAGCUGAAGAUGCGAUAAGAGUUAAAUCCUCCAGUGUGUUUGACCGACUUGGUCGUCAAUCUCAUGAUAUGGAUUUAACAGAGCCCAGUGGCCAACUUGCAGAAUACAGAGUAACUGCUGUAGAGGACCCUAAGUAUGGGGAUGUGACUCAUACACAGGAUCAACCAUACUCAGGCACCUAUCUUGAGAGGAGCAAUUAUAGUGGGAAAUAUACUUCCAAUGAGACCAUGUUUGAACCUGACACUGGAUUAGCAUCAGAUUCUACAUCUGAAAAUGACGAUGUUAAUGUUCAGGGUCAUAGAGGAUUUGACGAUUCUUGGACGGCUGAAUCGGGAGUAAGAAAGGUAGGCAAUUUGCGGAGUGUGCCAUUCAGGGUUGUUGAGAAUGCUGAUGAAGUUACACGCAUUACACAAUAUAAACAGAAGGAUCAACCUUCCUUAGUUGCAAAUUCCUCUCGUGACAUUGUAAAUAUCUCUGUGAAUGUUAAUACUUGGAAACCACCUCACUAUCAGGACCCAGGACAGAUUGCUGAAUUUGGUAGUCAAAAGUUUUUGCAGGAGAGUGAGUUACAAGGUUCCAGAUCUGCUGUGCAAGUAACAGAAAAUGGCAAGGCAGUCACUAUUGUUAACCAACAGAAAAAUCCUGCAGCAAACCCUCAAAAAGAGUUCCAGAAACCUCCUUCAUCUGCUAAUGGACAAUUUGCUGCCACUCGUCCUUUAGAGGAUGCUGAUGCUCGAACCAUUUUUGUUAGCAAUGUUCACUUCGGUGCUACAAAGGAUAGCCUUUCUAGGCAUUUUAACAAGUUUGGAGAAAUUGUAAAAGUUAUCAUAGUAACUGAUGCAACUACCGGGCAACCCAAAGGGUCAGCUUAUGUGGAGUUCAUGAGAAAAGAUGCUGCAGAGAAUGCGUUGUCUCUGGAUGGGACCUCGUUUAUGUCUAGGAUUCUGAAGGUCAUAAGGAAAAAUGCUUCACAGUUAGAAGGUGCUUCAAUUGUUACAUGGCCCCGUGCUGUGCGUGGCUCGCCAUAUCCUUCUCCUAGAUUUUCCAGAGCUCCUUUCUCGAGGGGCAUUCCCGGUGGAUUUAGGCCUCGUCCCCCCAUCAAACUUGGCGCCAGGAGCAUGCAGUGGAAGCGGGAUAGUCAGGCCACAUCUGCUGACAAUGGUGCUUCUCUCUCUGGUAAUUCUAUAACCUCAUCUGGUGCUCGUAGUCUCACCUAUGUUCGAACAGAACCUAAGCCAGCUGACAAGUAGGAUCCACUUGGUUGAGAGAGUUGUUCUCUCAAGAAUUUGUUCAAAAUUAUUUUGCAAAAAGAGAAUCACGCAGACGGCAGAUCAAGUAUGACCUUCACAAACUUGUUUUUUUUUGGUGGUUCAUCAUCCUUCGUGCAUCACGGUGGAGGAAAUUGAGAAAGAAGACUAAGGGAAGUUUUAGCAGUUUCUAGGCGUAUUAUUUUUUUUUCCAUCGUGCAAUGGAAAUUGGUGAGGUUAGCUAGGAAACUCGUGAUGGUCGUUCGGAUGAUUUCAUAAUUUUGAGCUCCCCUUCAUUCAGAAUUAUUAUUCAGCUACUAGACUAAAAUUUGUGAAUAGAGUAAGAGUAGACGUUUUUUUGUUCAACGGAUAUUAUGAUAUUUUGUAACUCUUAUUACUGAUGUGACAGAAGAGAGAUGGAAAAAAAGAAAAAAAAAAGAAAAAUAGUUACAUGAAAGAAAAUGAAUAAAAUUACCUAGUUUC